AUGUCCAUCUCCCAAAACAGAACUUCGGUUGCCCCUUCGAGAGUAAAUUACAGGUUACUUAACAGACGUGCUGCGAUUGUUUUCAGAAUCGAAAGGUACCUCACAGGCCCACAGGAGCUUCCUCCUAGCGGGCUGAGCGACGCGUAUCGCUUUCCCGCUGCCUGGAGCCCGCGACGAACGCGGUGUUUUAACCUGCGAUCUGCUUCUCCUAUACCCACCUUCUUGUCAACCACCAUCUCCGUACCAGACACAUACACCACUGGACAAGCAAAUGCAACUCACAACUCUGGUGAAGGUGCUGCUAGCAUCUUCGUCGACGAUGGGUUGCCUUCAUGGCUAUCAUUCGACACAGAGUCUCGAACAUUCCAAGGAACUCCUUCUGAAAGUGAUGCCACUGACUCACUCGAAUUCACGCUUCUAGGUGAGGACACAGCAGGAGACACUAUAUCAUCACAAUGUACCAUCGUUGUGUCGGAAGAAGAAGGACCAGAACCAUCGACAGACUUCACAGUGUUGAACCAACUGGCCACGUUUGGACAGACAAAUGGAGCUGACUCGCUUGUAUUAUCACCAGGAGACGUGUUCAACAUAACUUUUGACAGGAGAACAUUUGUAUCUAACGACACGGUGGUGGCAUACUAUGGCCGUUCUGUUGAACGUUCCCCACUACCAAGUUGGCUCUUCUUUGACUCAACAAACAUCAGAUUCUCAGGUGUAGCACCUCCAGCAAACUCUGAGAUUGCACCUGGGUUCCAAUACAGCUUCAGGCUAUUUGCUUCUGACUACGCCGACUAUGCUGCGACUUACGUCGAUUUUGGCAUAACUGUCGGUGCACAUGAAUUGUCAACCACUCUAAAAGAUACAAUCAACAUCAAUGGAUCAAGCGGAGAUACAUUGAAUUACCAAGUUCCUCUAUCGAGUGUUUACCAAGACGGUGUGCCAGUGUCUUUGGCCAACAUUUCUAGUGCAGUGCUUACAAAUCAACCUUCAUGGAUAUCAUUAGACAAUUAUACUCUAGUUGGCUCAGUUCCUGAAGAUUUCACUUCUUCUGAUGUGUUCGAACUUGUCAUCAGUGACAAGUAUUCAAACGCAGUCAGUUUGUCGUUCCAAGUUGAAUCAAUCACAUCACUCUUUGCUGUCGAUUCGUUCAGAUCUGUGAACGCGACAAGAGGUGAAUACUUCCAAUUCUACUUCUUGGAGACUGAUUUUACUGACUAUAGCACUACAAACGUCUCCGUUGAGAUCACUGACGCAGAUUGGCUGUUUUACAACGAGUCAAACCUGACUAUUAGCGGUGAAACUCCGGAUGACUUUGAAUCUGCUUCUGUAACAGUCAUUGCAAGUCAUCAGGACCAAGAAGAUGAACUCACAUUCAUUAUCUAUGGCGUUGAUCCGAUCGAGGAAUCAUCAAGUUCCAGCUCCAUGUCUCAUACGUCCUCAUCUUCCUCCUCAUCUUUCAGCUCCACUUCCUCAACAGCUUCAACUGUUUCUUCAUCGGUAGUAGAACCAACUGCCACGGAAUCCACAACUCCACUUGCCAAAAGUUCUAACUCUAGCAACAAAAGUCUCGCUAUAGGUCUUGGUGUUGCUAUACCUUUGUUCGUGUUGAUAGUGGCCGGUCUGUUAUUGUACUUUUGCUGCUUUAGACGUCGCUCUAAAGGAACGAAAGAUGAUGAGGAGAAGAAAUCGCCGACUAUUUCCAAGCCAAUUCUUGGUAACCCUGCAAAUGGUAACACACCAAACAUCCCACCUGGUGGCUACUAUCCAAGUGAUUCUUCAUUAGUUGACGAGAAGAACGAAGCUGUAAGACUUGGUGCAUUGAAUGCUCUAAAGCUGGAUGAGAAGGAUUACGACUCCACAACUUCGUCUACGACAAACGUUGAGGCGUUUGACUCAGCAGACGAGACCAAUGAAGAUAUUUAUCAUGAUGCAAUGCAAGCUCAAAGCACCGAUUUCUUAAUGGCUAAUCACAAUGACACAUCUACUGCUGCUGCUGUUGCAGCAACAACUGUCCCUAAGAAGUCAUGGAGACAAACUGUGGAUUCUAACAUCAAUAGAGAAUCGUUAAACUCAUUGGCUACAGUAUCGACAAAUGAGCUGUUUAGCAUUAGACUCGCCGACGAUGAUACCAUUCCAAAGGAUCCAAGGAAGUCAAAUUUGAACUUUAGAGAUUCUGUAUUUUUGGGAUCGACAGUCUCGUCUAUCCUAUCAAGAGAUGAUAGUGGCAAUAUCCAAAGACUCGAUAGCGAUGGAAACAUUGUUGAGAAGGUAAAGGAUCCAAGGUCCAAAUCGAGGACUUCAAACUUGGAUAUCUUGAAAGAAGAAGGAACACCACAUCCAAACGAAUAUGGCAACCUAGAGGGUGACGUUUCCUUCACUACAGCAAAUAGUGGUAGCACAGGUGAAGAUUUCUACCCAGUCACACAAGAAGAUGGACAGGUUACGUGGAAGCAAUCACCAUUUAACUUUGAAAAGGGCUCAGUAAAGAGAGAUCCUUCAACCUCAAAGGCAAAGCUGAAAGAUUUCACCAAUAAGAGCCGCUCUUCACAAGCUGAUAUAAGCAAUGAUAUCACAGUAUCGACUGGGGAGACUGCCGAGAUUGAAUCUGUGUAA